AUGGAAGUAUCAAUGGAUGAAACAAUUACGCUAAUAAGACAGGAAUCAAUUCUGCUUCAAAGGUUACUGGAACGUGAUAAUCUUAUUCAGGCUAUAAACCAUGCAGUUAAGGCUAUUUCGUUCUUGAGGAGUGAUGAUUAUAAAUUGAAUGAAUAUUACGAAAUCUAUUUACUCAUACAAGAUCGUUGUUUUAAGCCUUUGUCUGACUACCUUAUCAAAGGUCAUACUUCGAAUAAAUUCCAUCUUAACGAUGUGUAUGAUACUGUCCAAUACGUUGGUAAUGUUUUGCCCAGAUUAUAUUUGUUAGUUGUUGUUGGUACAUGCUACGCAAGCAUUGAUGAUGCUCCUACCUCUGAAAUAUUGAAAGAUUUAGUGGAAAUGUGUAGAGGUGUUCAAAGCUCAAUUAGAGGUAUGUUCUUAAGACAAUAUUUGAGUGACAACAUCCUUCCUUUCUUUAUAGAUAGUAAAUACAGUGGUAGAGUCGAUCAAUUGACAAAAUGUCAACUAACUUUAGAAAACUUUAAAGAAAUGAAUAAACUAUGGAUAAGGUUACAAUAUCAAGGUUUCUUAAAGGAAAGAAUUCAACAUGUUGAAGAUAGAAUAGAUAUUAAAAUAAUGGUGGGAUCGCAAUUGAUAAAUAUACACAGAAUUAUUGGUGAUUCAAAUUUACAAUUUUAUAAAGAAAAAGUGGUACCAGUGGUAUUACAACAAAUUAUACAAUGUAAUGACGUUCUCUCACAAAAUUAUUUAUUUGAUGUAUUUUUCCAAGUUUUUCCAGUUGGUUAUCACUUGGCCACUUUGAAGUCUGUUUUAGAGGCCACAUUGCAUUUGCAUCAUGAAGUAUCCAUUCAUGAAAUCAUUAAUCUAUUAAUCAACAAAGUAUCCUCUGACAAUGUGGACAAAAUUGAUUCAUUAGAAUUUGUUGAAGUAUUUUCGGAUUAUUUGUAUAACUUAAACCAAAAGGAUCCCCAAUUAUCAUUGCUGCAAUUUAUCCCAUUAUUGGAAAGUGUUAUCAAUUUAUCGGUUAAUGAAGAAAAGGUUAUUGCAUUGGAUCAGUUCUUUGAAUUACUAUCUACUAAAUUGAAAAAUAAGCACACUGAAUAUAUAAAUGAAGAGAAUGAAACUUUGGCAAAGUUUUUAAUUCUAAAUAGGAUUCCAAAUGUACAAAAUUAUAAAAAGUUUAUUGUAAAGGUGAUACUAGAAAGUAAAUGGUAUAGAACAUUAUUUACCGAUCAAAUAUCGGGAAUACAAGCAUUUUCUGUAAAUGUUAUUUUACAAGAACUUUUGUCGUGUUCAAAAUCAGAAAUUCCAAUAAAGAACAAGGAAGAACUUCAAGUUAUCUUAUCAUUCUUUUCUCCUACUAUUGAAAACUAUGAUUCAAGGCAUCCAAUUCUGCAAGAGAAUCUAGUGAAAUUAGUUCAUUGGAUAUUAAAUUCAAUGAAAUUGAAGACUGUAAACGAUAAUAUCGAAUUAAUUUCAAUUCUUAAAAAUUGGUAUUCGAAUAUAAAUGUCGACUUCAUCCAUAUAUCUCAUUUGGCAAUCAUAACAAAGUACUGGGAGUUAGUCAAAAAAUGUAAAAUGAUACAGAAUAAAUACUGUAAAAAUGAAUCUGUAAAGAAACAAUAUGGUGAUUCCACUAGACAAGUUUUCAAACUUAUAUCUAGGGCUAUUCAAGACUUGGUUUACCUGAACAAUGAACAAAUUAUGACAACAAGUCAUAACUUGUGUUUGGAAACUGCAACUUUAGCUGAUUCUUUGUCACUAGGAGAUAUAAGUUAUGAUUUUUUUGUUCAAGCUAUUGAAAUGCAUGAGGAAAACAAGAUUAGUUCAUCCCAGAAGUAUACCGCGAUUGUUGUCUUAAUACAAACGCUACAACGAACAAAUUCAUUAUUUGUUGAAAAUAAGUAUAAUGAUUUGAUCUUCAGAUGUACUACAAUGGCGUCAAGACUGUUGAAGAAGAAGGAACAAGCCAGAGCAGUAUACUUGUGUUCACAUUUGUGGUGGACAACAAAGACAGUUGGGAUGAAAAUUGUACAAGGUGAAAUUGUGGACGGUAAUACAUCGAGUAACGAUAUGGCAAAGUCGAUGAGAGACCGUAAAAGAGUGUUGGAAUGUCUGCAAAGAUCACUAAGAGUUGCGGAUUCGAUCCUAGACAACAUCACUAGUUAUCAGCUGAUGAUCGAGAUCCUAGAAAUCUGUCUGUUCUUUAUCAACGGAACAGAUGGUUGGGACUCCCCCGUGCCUGCAACGUACAUAGACGGUUUGAUAAAAUUGAUCAACAAUAACUUGAAAUCAUUGAAACUAGAAGAAAGCACCAACUUGAAAUUCACUGGUGAAUCAGAUGAAGAACCACUAGAAAAGGAAGAAUUUGUAGCCACUCAAGAUGGUAGAUACACGUCAUUUGACGCUUCAAUUCCAAUCGACCCUAACAAAAUGACAAGGGUACCUAUCAACCACUUUACAAGGAUAAACGACUACAUUAAAAGAUUACAAUCAGUUGACGCUCGUUUCAAGUCGAUCAAAUUAUGA